GCAGGUGCUGGCCGGUUGCAGGCGCAAGGAAGAAGAGGAAGAGAAGAAGAAGAAGAAGAAGAAGAAGAAGAAGAAAAGAAAGAAAUGAAGAAGAGAAGGUGCAGGUGCGUGAAAGGAAGGAGGAAGAUGAACAGUAAGAAGAAAAGAGAAAAAGAAAAAUAGAAAAGAAAAAGAAAGAAAAGGAAGAAAAAGAAAAGAAAAUUGGGAAAAAUGCUGAAAAAUCCUGAAAAAUAGGAAAUGAAGAUGUAAUGAUAUCCCGGAGAUUUUGGUGAGAAAAACAUCCCGGGCACGCGUUUCAAGGAUAUGGCACGCAUACCGAGGAAAUCCGAGAUGCUAAGUUAAGGUGAGUAAAAUUCCUUAGAAAAUUUCAGAAAUUCAAGAAUAUUAUUUUAUGAAUUUUCGUAGUGAAAUAUUUGAAAAAAUAUUUUAGAAAUAUUUAGUUUGGAUUUAUUGAGGAAAAUUAGGAAGAAAUAGAAAGAAAAUUAAAGAAAAGGCUAGAAAUUAUGAAAAAAAUAGAUUUUAAUAUUUAUUUAAAUAAUUGUGGUGAUUAGGAUGCUUUGAGGAUUAAAUUGAAGUGACUUGUGCAAAUUUUGAGGUCGGCACGUAAAUCGAGGCGAUGCACGAGGCAAGGCACGGAUAUCGAGGUAGCCCGAUAAGCUCUAAAAGGUAAGUAGUACUUUCUCGAAAUAUUUUCAUCAUAUUGACAUGCCCUGAUAUAUAACCAUCACGUAGACUGCAUACAUGACUAUGAAAUGCAUAAGCACACGUUGAUAUUAUUGAUCACACGCAUAUGAGGCCGUAGGGAGUACGAACUGGCACCGCUGCCUUACCAAGGGUGCACCCAUACACCCCGGCUUCGAAAGAGGUGGUCGCUAAAAUGGUAGGUAGCAUGAGGGGUGCAGUUGACACCUACGAUGAAAGACAUUGCAUACACUCAUGACAUAGCAUUAUGUACCCUUACUUAGAUGGUUCAUCAUUUAACAUGGGUUUGCCCCUGAAAUAUUCAAACGUUCCAGAAGGAAAGUGUAGCAGAUGCAAGCAUAUAUGAGGUAUGAAAUGGCACUUAGCAGAGUGCAGGAAGAAUGAAAUGAAUGUUACGUAACCCCUAUAUUUGAGUUCUGCUACUUUAGAUUCUGAACGUUUUGAGGAAUGUUGAAUUUAUUUAUGAUUAAUGUUAACAUAUCAGGUUUCGAUCUUUGCUUCCACAUUUGAUGUGUAUAGUGAUUCUCUUUCGAGAUUAAUAGAUGGGAAUUAUGGGAUAGAUUCGAGGAAUGAUGUGGUUUAGUUUAGUGUUUAAAAAAAAAAAUUAUUGUCCCAGAAUUGUCCUAAGUUAUAACGCGCCCGAAAAGUGGGGCGUUACAAUUUAGAUUUAAUGUAAUAAAAAUCUAAAUUUAUUAAAAUAUUGCUAUAACAUUAAAUAUAAUUGAUGUUAUAAAAACAUUUAGAUUUAAUGUUAUAAUUAAGGACAUUAGUUUUUUUCAAUGUAUGUGAUAUUGUACUUUUAUUAUUUUUUAUUUUCAAUGUAAUUCUUGAAAUAGAUGUCAGAACAUUCACCUCCCAGAGCAAGCAAAGGUAGGGGUAGUAAGGGUAGGGGUAGCCGUCGAUGCCAUAGGGAUACACCUUUUCUAGAUUCUUCUACUAUUGCCUCGCACUCUUCUCCUUCUAUUUCAACACAUGUUGUCCCUUUUACUCCCUUCUUUCCCCAAUCAACGCACCCACAGGCUUUUAUUCCCAUGACUCAGUUUUCACAGCCUUUUGGUGGGAUGUCAUAUCCGGUGGGAUAUACUCCUAUUAUACCCACAACCCACCCACCUGAGCCUACACCACAAUUUACCCCUUAUUCGUACACAUUUAUGCCGACAUCGCAUUUACACCCUUCGUCCUCUCCACUACCAUAGAAUGUUAGUCCAACUCAACCUGAACCAACAGAUGUAGACCAAGCUGAUCAUCGAACAGAAUUAUCUUGUAAUCAGAACUGUGAUCAGUGAGUAUAUUAAUAUAAUGUCUAAAUUCAUUGAUUUAUUUUGGUACACACAUAAAUUCAUGUUUUGAUUAAUUUCAUAUCGAUUUUAUAGUUUUAUCCCUGAAGUUGGCCUACCAGCUAUUCUCUCAAAAAUUUGGAAGAGACACUACAAUGAACCUUGGCUUCAGUGGAAUGAUGUUCCAGAAAUAACACGACGAAUGUGGCUCGAAGAAUUUAGCAUUAGUAAAAUGUUCAAGUGGCAAGCUGAAGAAAGUAAUCGUAUAUGGAUUACUUGGAAUAAGUCAGGUCAACGAAGUUUUAGGAGUAAUUUGAAUAAAGUUAAAAGCGGUGUUGAUAAAGGUGAUUGGAUGGAUCCGUCCAUGCGAAGGUCAUUACAAGCAAAGUGGAAUGAGGAUGAAUACAAGAAAAAAUUUGAACAAAAUAAAAAGAAUCGCACAUCUGAGAUCAGCGGGUCAGUGCACACAGGCGGAUCCAUUCCUUUCACCGAGACUCGAAGAAGAUUGGCAAAGGAAUUAAAUCGCGAGCUUAACGAAUUUGAAAUUUUCAAGAAAACUCACACUCGAAAAAAUGAUCAAGGACAAGAAGUAUGGGUGGAUCAUAGAUCACAAACUGUCGCGGAAGCGUUCGAGAGAUUAAACGCUGAGGCAUCUUUACAAUCAGCUAAGAGCGAUUCGACCUCUUCACCUGCAAUCAAUGAGCACCACAUUUUUUAUCAAGUUGUCUCUGGUAGAAAUAAGAAAGGUCGUAUCUACGGUCUCGGCUCUCAAGGGAAUCAAUCUUACCCAUCUCCAUCUGGUAGCACCUAUAAUAGUUCAUGUGGAUCCGUGACACAAGAUUUUGAACAAAUGAAACUACAAUUCACCCAGAUGAAUGAGGAGAAUCAGCAAAUGAGGCAGACGAUGUCCCAAAUGAAUACUGAGAAUGAACAGCUACGGCAACAGAUCCAGGAUAUGCUGAGAUGGAGGGAUCAAAUGAAUCAAAUGAUGUCUAGAAUAUUCAGUAAUUCAACACCUCCUGGACCAUCGAGAAAUUCACCGGGUGGAAAUCCGUUUUGUAAUGAUAAGGGUAAUGACGGUGAAGAUGAAGAAAAUGAGAAUGAUGAAGAUGAUGAUUGUUAAUUCUAUUGAGAACUAUUUAUUAUUGUAGUAAUGGAAUUUAUGGAUUUGAAUUUUGUGUCCAUAUUUGUUAUCU